CCCUAAUCGAAGGCCAGGGCCACUCGAUCGCGCAGUCGCGCUCCGUCUUCACUUGGCGCGCGAGGGGACCCUGACACGAGUCAAGCACGAGCCACACUGUUCCCAUUCCUGCUGCCGACACCUCCGGUGAGAGAAAAAAUGGCAGGCCGCUCGGUGCUUCGGCGCCUCGCUCUCUUCUGCCUCCUGGCGUCGUGCAUUGCGCUCGCGGCGCGCACCUCCGAUGCCAGCCGGCGGGAGCUCGGCAUCAGCAUCGGCAACGGCGGCGGCGGGGGGAUAGGCAUCGGGAUUGGGAUCGGCGGUGGUGGCGGGGGCGGGUACGGAGGCGGCGGCUCGCCGUCGCCGACGCCGCCGUCGUCAUACGGGCCGAAGCCGAGCGACUUCGAGAACGAGCGGCUGUACAGGGCGUACCUCGUGAUCCAGAGGUUCAAGCAGACCAUAACGUGCGACCCCCAGGGCAUCACCAAGACCUGGACCGGCACCGCCAUCUGCAGCGACACCUCGUACUUGGGCUUCUUCUGCGAGAAGCCGCCCAACGUCAACGAGCGGGCGCUCGCGUCCGUCGACUUCAAUGGCUUCAAGCUGGAGGCGCCCACCGUGGAGGGGUUCGUGGACGCGCUCCCCGACCUGGCGCUCUUCCACGCCAACUCCAACGACUUCGGCGGCGUGGUGCCCAUCCUCCGGUCGCUGCAGUACUUCUACGAGCUGGACGUGAGCAACAACAAGCUCGCUCGCUGCGCCUUCCCGACGGACGUGCUGGGGAUCACCAACGCCACCUUCGUCGACAUCCGGUUCAACCAGUUCUACGGCGAGGUGCCGGCGGGGCUCUUCCGCUCGUUCCCGAUCGUGGAGGCCAUCUUCGUCAACAACAACCAGUUCUCCGGCAAGAUCCCGAGCAACCUCGGCGACUCGCCCGUGAACUACCUCGCGCUCGCCAACAACCAGUUCACGGGGCCCAUCCCGUCGUCCAUCGGCCGCGCCGCCAACACGCUGCUGGAGGUGCUCUUCCUCAACAACAAGCUCAGCGGCUGCCUCCCCUACGAGCUCGGCCUGCUCGCCAAGGCCACCGUCAUCGACGCCGGCACGAACCAGCUCACGGGCACCAUUCCGGCCUCGUACGCGUGCCUGCGGAAGGUGGAGCAGCUCAACCUGGCGGACAAUCUCCUCUACGGCGAGGUGCCCGACGCGCUCUGCCGGCUCGCGUACCCGUCGUCCGGCGGCCACCUCGCCAACCUCACGCUCUCGGACAACUACUUCACGUCGCUGGGGUCGUGCUGCUGGGCGCUGAUCAAGCAGGGGAAGCUCAACGUCGCCCGCAACUGCAUCCCCUAUGCGCCCAACCAGCGGUCGCACGAGGAGUGCGCCGGCUUCUUCCACAGGACCAAGACCUAUUGCCCCGUCAGCACCUACGUGCCAUGCCACCACCCCAAGGACUACGGCGCCGGUAAGGAGGAAGCCUCGGCGGCGGAGGAGUACAAGUACCGGACGUACUCGGCGCUGCACCCGUGAGUCCGUGACUCCCAGCAGUCAGCACGGCCGGCGAGGGCAGGCGUACACGUGCUGGAAGACAAUGGGGAAUGUGCUGUGCGUCUCGUCGCGGCUGCUUGGGUCGUUGCGAUGGCUGGUUUGUGUUGACAUUGUUUGCAAAUCGUGUGUACUACUUUUCUAUUUGAGAAAAAUUCCUGUACCUCACUAAAGUUGAGCCGGGUAACAUUUGGUACCACUACUUUAAUAUACCCUAACUACGGUCCAAA